CAUACAUCCCAUCUAUGGACUAGACCCGCAAUGGGCUUAUGACCUUGGUUCUUCGUCGACAGUUCGCGACGUUGAUGAGCACUGCUCAUAGAGCUUCAACAUCCGUGACCUCGUCUUCAGCUGCGGGGUCGGCUCAACGCCUGAGAGACAUUGUCUGUGUAUGCGGGACAACUGGAGUUGGCAAAUCUCAACUCGCUGUUGCACUUGGGCAAUCAAUCCAAAAUGGCGGCAGCAGCGAUGCUGGCCCAAGUCGAUCUAAGAGGGCUGUCAUAUUGUCAGCAGACUCUAUGCAGCUAUAUAAAGGUCUCGACGUCAUCACAAACAAGGUGACAGUGGAGGAGCAGGGAGGCAUAGAACACUGGGGUUUGGAUGUCGUGACUCCUGGUCAAGAGGCCAGUUGGGAAUUGGGUAGAUGGUGUUCCGAAGCGGAGAAGAAGAUAUCCUCGUUGGACGAUUCCACUCUACCCAUCAUUUGCGGAGGUACCCAUUAUUUCAUGCAACACUUUUUGUUCCCUCCAGCGGAGUUGUCCUUGGCAAGAUCAGAGCCCCCAGAGAAGGCACUGGAGAUACGUUGGAAGCCUCCUUGCCCUCGGCCCGCUGUCCCGGACUUAAUGGAUCCUUCUCUUGUGACCCUGCUCGAUACAUUCUGGACCACCAAGCCAGUAUUUCCAAAGCUAGCGGAUUCUGUCAUUGAUCCGCCAGAUCAAAAGGACAGACCAGUUCAGACCAGUCGGCCGACAGAGAUAGAGGAUCACCAUCUGCUCAGCAUAUAUCAAGUCCUACAAGCUGUCGACCCCGACGAAGCGGCCAGAUGGCAUUGGCGUGACGGGAGAAAGGUUCGGAGAGCAUUGGAGAGGUGGUGGGAGCGAGGCGGAGCUCCAGCGGUCGGCACGCCCGACAAUGUCGGACGGAAUGCCAGGUUUCGUACGUUGAUAUUUUGGGUCUAUGAACCCCCUGAAACUCUCAAGAAGCGACUGGACGACCGAGUGGAUGUUAUGGUUGAGAAUGGGCUGUUGAGGGAGAUUGCAGAGAUGAGAGAGAUCGCAAAGCAGAUGUUUGGUUCAUCACAAGCGGUGGAUCAUACAGAAGGCGUUUUCCAGGCAAUAGGCUACAAGGAGUUCGCUGGCCUUCCUCUUGAUGAAACCUCUGACCCUGCGUCGCAUCCACUCUUUUCCAGCAUGCUCUCGCAGACAAAGUCUAAAACCUUUCAGUACGCCAAAUCCCAACUGAAAUGGAUCAGAAAGCAGCUCCUGCCCGUUGUGCAAGAGUCUCAGGCGAAGGGGAGUGAAGUCUUUUUGUACAUUGUACCUGGAGGACCUGCAGGUCAGGAGAUGGCCACGCCGAUCCUUCACGCUUUUCUUGAUACGCGCGAGCUGCCUGAGGCUUUAUCGACAGGCUCUCCUCAUGCCAAGUCUCUGCUCGGAAAUGGAAUGCAGAGUGACCUGCUAAGACCAAACGUCCCGAACACGGCGGAGCGUCAGCGAAUCCAUGCCAGACGCGACUGCGAGCAAUGCUCCUCGCCUGGAUUACCGGUGUCUGUGCCAGUCAAGGAAUGGUCCAUGCAUCUCACCUCUCGACAACAUAAAAAAGCCAUCUUCGAAGCCAGCGGUGGCAGGGAGAGGGUCAGGCAGGAGCAGCUAGCUAAUCGGGAAGCGAAGCGUGCCGAGAGAGCCAGGUUGAGGGAAGGAUUGGUACCUCCAGAGGGACAAAAGGGAGAUCAAAGUGCUUAGAUCAUCGGUGGAUUGAGCUCGUUGUUGUAAUUCGUGCUGUUUUUGCAUUGCCCAACAAAUUCUGGUGUACAUUGGAUCUCCGACAG